UCAAGACGGCAGAGAGUGAAACUGACGCCCGACGAGGGAGCGCACUGGGCGGGCAGGGCGAUGCAAGGACCGGGGCGCUUAAAUCUUUUAUCGGAAGAAUGGCCGCUUCUGUGAUAACAGGAUUGGCGUAUACCCACUAGCUCCUGACCCAUAUUUCCGAGGAAAACGUUGUUUGUAUCGCUCAAGGAGAAUUAAGGGGGACUCUGUUUUCUAUAGCCGGUUUCUGCUGCGCGCACAGCUCCAGGUCCAGCGGUGUGCUCGGUGCGCUCUGGCAGAAAGCGUCCAGCCUCCUGAUCUCUGGGCUUAGACAGCAGUCAGUGCUCCUCUCUCCAUGCCUCCAAGCCUCAGUGACUGGUCGUCAUCUGCGGAAUUCCUUGCAAUGAAACCGCUAUAAUCCAACCAGUUUUUUUAUUUUAUUUUUUAAUCUUUUGUUCCACUCCUUUCUUACUUUACAUCGAGGGCAGAGAAGAAGAAAACACGCGCCAGAAACAAUCUCCAUCUGCAAGUUUUCGUGUGUCGCACUGGAGGGGAGGAAGCGAUGGCAAUCCCGGUGAAAGCAGCGUUGGCUCUCCUGGUUUUCGCUGUGGCAACUGCCUUGUGUGCGGAGGUGGAGGAACGGCUGGUGAGUCACCUGUUGUCACCAGAGCGCUACAACAAGCUGAUCAGACCAGCUGUCAACAACAGCCAGCAAGUCACUAUUUACAUCCAGGUGUCUCUAGCCCAGCUGAUCAACGUGAAUGAGAGGGAGCAGAUCAUGACCACCAACUGUUGGCUCACUCAGGUAUGGAAUGACUACAGAUUAAUGUGGGAUCCUGAAGAGUAUGAGGGAAUCAAGAAAAUCCGCCUCCCGUCACAACACAUCUGGCUGCCAGACAUCGUCCUCUACAACAAUGCCGAUGGGACCUAUGAAGUCUCCUUCUACUCCAAUGCUGUGGUCUCCAACAACGGUGAGGUUGCCUGGCUUCCACCAGCUAUCUACAAGUCAGCUUGUAAAAUUGAAGUCCGUGAUUUCCCCUUCGACCAGCAGAACUGCACCCUCAAGUUUCGCUCGUGGACCUACGACCACACAGAGAUUGAUCUCAUCCUCCUCAGUGAUUUUGCCUCACGUGAUGACUUCAAACCCAGUGGCGAGUGGGAUAUCGUUUCACUGCCUGGACGCAAGAACGAAGACCCUGAUGACAUUAGAUACCUGGAUAUCACCUAUGACUUUAUUAUCAAGAGAAAACCUCUGUUCUACACCAUCAACCUGAUCAUCCCCUGUAUCCUGAUAACGUCCCUGGCCAUUCUGGUGUUCUAUCUCCCGUCAGACUGUGGUGAGAAGAUGACUCUCUGUAUCUCUGUCCUUCUGGCCCUGACUGUGUUUUUACUCCUAAUCUCAAAGAUUGUACCACCUACGUCUUUAGCAGUGCCUCUGAUUGGGAAGUACCUAAUGUUUACGAUGGUGCUGGUCACCUUCUCCAUCGUCACCAGCGUUUGCGUGCUCAACGUGCACCAUCGGUCCCCCAGUACGCACACCAUGCCUCCUUGGGUCAAGCGUGUGUUCUUGUACCGGCUCCCCUCUUACCUCUUCAUGCGGAGACCAGGUAGCUCCAAUAUCCGUGAGAAGUUCCGGAAAAAACACCAGCAGCGAUCGUACUCUGACCAGAAGCUGCGUGGAGCGGACGGGGGGACUGGCAGCCCUGCAGGGAUGGCAGAUUCUUCCUCGUCCUUCUUUGUCAAUGAGGAGUCGGCCAAACGCUACGGCUGGAAGGUCAGCGACUUGUCAGAGAACACAGAGUUCAGAAAGAGGAUGACGCUCAAGUGCAACAUUGACGUGGAGGAUGCAGUAGAUGGAGUGCGCUACAUCGCUGAGAAGAUGAAGAGCGAGGAUGAUGAUGAAGGAAUCAUUGAAGACUGGAAGUAUGUGGCCAUGGUGAUCGACCGUCUCUUCCUGUGGAUCUUUGUGUGUGUGUGUGUGGUCGGGACGCUCGGCCUCUUCAUGCAGCCCCUGUUCCAAAGUUACAACACCCCCAUUGUCGAUGACAUGGACCAUAAUUGAAACCUGAAACCUGAACUUUGAUUUCAACAUGACCCAGAGGUGAACUUUGAGUCCCCCCAGAAACAGAGCUCUAAUAACAUUUUGACACAUAAACUCACGGCACUCUCACUGGGAAAUGAUUAUGAUGCACUUUAGCCCUCUACCACCACCUGCUCUUCUCCAAAUUUCCCUUGCCCACUUCGUCCUCCAUCAUCUGCCAUUCACAGAGGAAAUAGGAUCUGUUUAGUUCAGUGAACUUAAAGCAUAAUUCUGUUUUAUAACAACUUGGGUCACAUAUUUUUACUAGUUUUGGGUCAUUUACUAGACAUAAAUGAUGAACAUUGGACUGUUAAUUGCUAACUAUGGCAACAUUUGUGGCUCCAAACUCCCAAAACUUUUUUGUGUUAUUUGAUUGUCUUUAUGCACAGUAGAUAUAGAAACAUACAUGAAACAAGGGGAGCGAGAGAGAGGUAAGACAUGAAACAAAGGUUCCUGUCUGGACCCAAUCCAAAUGAUGCAGCUACAUGGUAUGUGCCCCAUACACUCAGCUACAAGGAUGCCCCCAACCCGCAGGAUCAUAAUCAUAAUCAAAAGAAAUAAUGGCCAAAACUACGUAAACAACACCCAAGUUUUAACAAACCAGAAUUAUCUUUUAAUUCAAAAUAUGAUAUGAAACAACCUUUCAGUCAUGAUGCUCUUGCUAGUGGAAUCAAUAUAGAUCUGCAGGAAAAUCUUUACCUGAAAGUGUGUUGACCCCUGUGACUGUUCACAAAGGUUUAUCUGGCCAGCAGCAACUCAGGACUUGAUUUUUUUUUAUGUUUAGAAAGGACUUGUUUUUUCUCUUUUCCCCUAUCUCUCUGGUCCCAUCCUAUCUUCUAAUUGCCCUAACAGGACAUUACGGGGGCUAGCAUGCAUACAUCAAGACACUUUUUUUGUUUUAAUUUCUUUUUUGGACCCAGAGAGAGAAAGAGCCCAAAGAUGAACAAAGCCUCAGUAAGCCUCUGCAGAUAUGGGCCUCACAUCGACAACACACCGCUAAAGAAAAGAUGAUUUUCUUCUAUGUGAAUACAUAGAAGAAAAUCAACUCUUGUGUCCCUUUGCCAACAGCACACAUACUAUAUGAAUUUAUAAUAUUUGCCUUGAAAAUUUGAGCCAGAGGCGACACAAAACGGCUAACUGAAGGACUGUUUAAACAAUAAUAGAUGAGUGUGUGUGCGAGAGGGGUGCCCAACCUGUUUUUUUUUACCCUCACACACACCUCACUGUGAGCAUGACUUGACAGACUGAUCAAAUCGGUGUCAAAGUGUUGUUGUGAUAUUAAAAGCAGCUGUGUUUAAAUGAAGGAGGGACGUUACGAUAGUGCUAAAAAAACGCAAAACCUAAAACCAAUGACCAUAAGGCUGUUGAUGCUCACCACGCUUCUUUUAAAAAGGUACGGGACGUAGGUGUCUUCAAAGCAGUGCUCGUCAGCAUCCAUCACCAAGGAAACCAGCAACAAUAAUAUUGUACAGUAUUUUAUACACACUGACCUGGAGUAAAUUAGCCAAACAGUCUGGCUCUUCACUUGCUUUAUCUUCCAUCAAACUGAAUGCUUGAUCAUUGCAGCCUGUUCUCUUACUUGAAUCCGUGUCCAGUAAUUAUUUCUAAGCGGUAUUAUAACUUGUCACCAUCAUAACACACUCGUCUGUCACUGCUACCAACAUUAGCCAAGGAAAGUAUGUGCUGUACUAGUCCAGCAGUAUUUAUUUCUUUCAUCUUUGUUUUCUCAGUGAAUGAAGUUAAACAUAGUUUUUCUUUUUCUUCUCACCAACCAGCCAUGUUGCGUGACUUGUUCAGUUUUGUCUGUCCAGACAAUAAAUACAGAGAAUUACAAGAUGGGACUGUGGUGGGAUCUGAUGUCUUGCUAACUGGAUCAAUAAAGGGAAAUGAAAACAACGAGCAGACCUGGUGAAUCACAUGCACACACAGUCUAACUAAGGUUAAGUUUAUGGCUUGUUUACUGUAGCAGUAUUAGUAAUAUUCAUAAUAAAUAAUGAGAGAAAAUGAGAGAUUCAAAAACAUAACCACCAACAAUGGCGGCAUUAGACGAUUAUAUAAUCACAAUUUUCCAAAUUAGUUGUAAUUUCUGUUUCCCUGAUUAUUUGUUUUUCCAGAACAGUACACAAGACGCCUGAAACUGCUAAUGCUUCCAGCAAAGAUACUGCAUCAUAAUUUUCCAGCGAACAUCA